AUGGUGAUGCCAACGAACACUAUUGUGCAGAAUUACGGGCCACCGUUUGCAGUGCACGGUGAUGUGGACAACCUGAAGUUCUCGCGCCAGAUCAAGGAGGAAGCGAUCAGGAAUGGCAUCAAGAAGCCUAAAGGAUACACUGUGUCUUGGCACUUAAAUCCCGAGAUUGAGAGGCAUCACUUUGGACGUUCGCAUCCUAUGAAGCCAUGGCGGUUAACGUUGGCGAAGGGCCUCAUCACAUCAUAUGGCAUGCACUAUGCCAUGGACUCGUACGUCUCAAGGAAGGCCACACCGGAGGAACUGGCGGAAUUCCAUACGCAGGACUACUUGGACUACUUGAAGACAGCCAUGCCGUGUGAACCGGUUUCAUACCCAAGUCAUCCCCACAAUCUCGGUGGCGACGAUUGUCCUAUAUUCGAAGGCCUGUUUGAUUACUGCUCGAUGUAUGCCGGAGCAUCCAUAGACGCUGCCAGAAAACUUUGCAACCAUCAGUCAGAUAUUGCCAUUAACUGGUCAGGUGGUCUACAUCACGCAAAGAAAUCAGAGGCUUCCGGUUUUUGCUACAUGAACGAUAUCGUUCUUGCGAUCCUGCAGUUGUUGCGCCACCACCCGCGUGUGCUGUAUAUUGAUAUUGAUGUCCAUCAUGGUGAUGGCGUCGAAGAGGCGUUCUCCUCGACCGAUAGAGUGAUGACCGUGUCAUUCCACAAAUACGACAAGGACAAUUUCUUCCCUGGCACUGGUCCUCUCAACAGCACAGGCCCAGAAGAUGAGCAUAACCCUGGCGCCCACCACACAGUUAACGUCCCCCUCAACGACGGUAUAGACGAUGAGCAAUACACUUCCCUCUUCAAAACCGUCAUCCAGAGUUGUGUCGACCGGUUCCAGCCUUCAGCAAUUGUCCUACAAUGUGGUGCCGAUUCCCUUGCCGGCGAUCGUCUUGGGCCCUUUAACCUCCAAGUCCAAGGCCACGGCGCCUGCGUCGCCUUCUGCAAGUCUUUGCGCCUGCCCCUCCUACUCGUCGGUGGCGGCGGGUACACUCCUCGCAACGUCGCCCGCGCCUGGACCAACGAGACCAGCAUCGCUAUCGGCUGUGACGCGACGCUGAACCCAAUUCUCCCGAAUCACACGCCCUACCGCAACCACUUCCGGCAAACGACCCUCUUUCCCACCCCGGAUGAGCUGCUCACGGAGAGCCGCUUGAACCGCAAUACCCCAAAGCGCAUCGCAGAGAUCGUGGCGAGUAUUAAUGAGGAGCUUCGCUUUGUGAACCACGCGCCGAGCGUUCAGAUGCAAGAUAUACCGCCAGAUUUAACGGGGCUGAGGGAUGAGGUCGAAGAUGAAAUAAGAGAGAAUCGGGAAGACAAGGAUGAGGACUACCGGAAAGAGAAAGAGGAGGCGGUUGGUGUAGAUAUGGAGUUGUGA